AUUGUCAUAUUGCUGGCUUUGCUGUUUAUGGUAGGAGUGGAUGUUAGCAUGAACAUGCAUUUGAAGACAGUGAAACUGACACUGAAAGGGAAGAAUCCAGUUACUCUUGAUCAUCUAAGUGUUAGGGGUAACACCAUACGCUAUUACAUCCUUCCCGACAGCUUAAAUCUGGAAACUUUACUUGUUGAAGAGACUCCUAGAGUGAAGCCCAAGAAGCCUACUGCAGGGAGGCCUUUGGGCCGUGGAAGGGCCAGAGGACGUGGUCGUGGUCGUGGUAGAGGCCGUUAAGUUAUUUCCUGUCUUUUUUUCUUAAUAUUUGGGAAACGUCAAUAUCUAGACGUUGUAAGAACUUUCUGUUCAAAGUUUGGAUUAUGUAACAAACUAUUUGCAACAUCUGUAUGUCAUAUGAAUUGCUAUGCUUAGUAUUGUUAUUUUAUC